AUGGCAGAUCCAGAAACUGAUGCCCAAUUCCAGUUCACUGGUAAAAAAUAUUUCAGCUUUUAAACUCUCACAGGUAGAAAAAAUUUUGUACUGGCUACAUAUGGAGGCAUUGCUUUGAUUAUCCUAUAUUUCAAGUUAAGGUCUAAAAAAUCUCCAGCUGUGAGAGCAACAUAA